UUUUAACAUACUACCAUAAUAUCUACUAUAUCCGACCACUUGAAAUACCCGGCUGAACGGUAACAAGCCGAGCCCCAUUCAUACUACCUUUAUCAGACGGAUACGUGAUAAACAAAACAUUAUUUUUCCCAUUGUUUGGACCAGUCUGAAAUCACGACCGCAAGGGAGGACUUUGAGAAGAAAGUGCGACACAGUUGUUUUUUCCACGAGAAUGUGGCGAACCUGAGGGUUAGAGAAAAGAAAAAGGCGGAUUGCAACUCAUUAAACGUUCAACAAGUUGUUGUUUUCGAUGGCGAGAACUACUUGAAAUCUCCACGGCUACAACAGGAACAGAGGAAGAGCAGCAGCCAUACAUUUCGAAAGCACAUUGCCCGCCUGCGUACAGUGAAGAGAGAUGUUGUCUCGUCUGAGCGAGCUGAUAUGGGCGGACUGGAUUUGGUUUCCUGAAGGCCACGGCUGGGCUGACCUGACGGAUCACGAUGGCAAAGUCUACCCUAAAACACGAGACCUCUGGGCUACUGUCCCUAUCGCACUCUGCUUCCUGGUCAUCAGACAGAUAUUUGAGAGGACAGUAGCGAUUCCUCUGGCCUCUCUGCUGGGAGUGAGCGACAAGCAACGUGUUCGUGCUCCACCAAAUCCCACCCUGGAAUCCUAUUUCUGCAGCACAUCAAAGCAUCCCACACAGAGUUCCAUAGAGAGUUUAAGUAAACAGACCGGCUGCUCAGUGCGACAGGUCCAGAGAUGGUUCAGGCGGCGGAGAAACCAGGACCGGCCCAGCAAGCUUAAGAAGUUUCGGGAAGCAAGUUGGAGAUUUACCUUUUACCUUCUUGCUUUCUUUGCUGGCCUGGCAGUUCUUGUUGAUAAACCAUGGUUCUAUGAUAUGAAACAGAUGUGGGAUGGCUUCCCGAAAAUGCCGCUGUUGCCUUCUCAAUACUGGUACUACAUGAUCGAACUAGGCUUCUAUCUCUCACUGCUUUUUAGCGUAGCAUCGGAUGUCAAACGUAAGGAUUUCAAAGAGCAGAUAGUUCACCAUGUAGCCACCAUCCUCCUUAUAAGUUUCUCCUGGCUGGUCAACUACAUCCGGGCAGGGACUUUGAUCAUGUUGGUACACGAUGCCUCUGACUAUCUAAUGGAGUCAGCCAAAAUGUUCAACUAUGCAGGUUGGAGGAAAACCUGCAACUUCAUCUUCACUGUGUUUGCUGCCGUUUUCAUCAUCACCCGCCUCAUCAUCCUCCCCUUCUGGAUCACACAUACGACAUGGGUGUACCCCCUGACCCUCUACCCCCCCUUCCUCGGUUUCUACUUCUUCAAUGGGUUGAUGUUUGUGCUGCAGAUUCUGCACAUCUUCUGGGCUGCACUAAUCUUGCGAAUGGUCAUCAAAUUCCUGCCAGGAAAUGACAUUGUUGAGGACGAGCGGAGUGACAAGGAGGAGACCGAGUCAGAAGAUGAAGACGACGAUCACGAGCGGAGGGAAAAAUCGAAAAACGGCCACAUGCAGAACGGCCACACUCCCCACAACAACAACCACAGAAAGAGGCACUGAUUGGACAGUGAGAGGUGGAAAUGAGGCCAUGUGAAGAGUGACGACGGGCCCUCACAUGAGGCCCUCACCUGAAAGCCAAAGAACGAGAGCGUGGCAUGUUGUAAGAGGCAGCAGGCAACACACACACACACACACACACACACACACACACACACACACACACACACACACACACACACACACACUCCUUUCUGAAACCCCGGUAGUCCAAUGUGGAUAAUUUCACCUCUCUGUGGAUUACACUAAAUUAAAUGGAGAGAGGAAGACUGCACUGGAGAACCACGAUGAUCUGCUUAACACCUAAGCAGUGGUGAGUGGUUUUCUCCUUACAAGCACCUUCUCCUCUUUUCCCUCACCUUCAGUGUAUUUUGCUAUUUUCCGAGAUUUUGUGCUGUUGACCAAGUUGCCGAAUCUGCCUGCGUGUAGCUUUAUACUUUGUUACUGGAAGUGUUUUAAGAGAUGCUGUGGUUAGGAUGGGCAUUCCCCUCCUGCACAGUUAGUUAACACUCUUCUAAGUAUUACUGCCCUUACACUUGACUGAUUUUUCUUUCUUUUUUUUUUUUUUUGCUCUAAAUAACCACACUGAAGUCAGUGACAUUGCGAGGAGCACUAAGGUGAAUGUGGCCAUGUCUUUCUAUGGACCAUAAUCUGAUUUAAGUCUAUUUACCGAUGUCCAGAGUGUCAGUUAAUACUGAAUCUGAAUCUGCCUUUUUUUUUUUUCACUUUAGUUGUUGCCAAUGGUUUUGAGUCAGUGUUGCUAGAAUAUAUUUGUUUCAGUGAUGUUUAAAACAAAAUAAUUGGUAAUAAAUAAUGUUUUUUAACAGUUUGAAACAGUGCGAGAAGAUACUACAUCUGCCAGAUGUGUCGAAAUGUGCCUGAAGUUUGUCUUAAAAUGCUUUGCCUUAUUGGAAGCAGAACGCACAGAGAUAAUUUUAAAGGUUUGUUUAUGUUGAUGCUUAUUGUCUUUUAGUUCUUUGAUUUUAGUUUGCUUUGUGUUAUAUUUGUUUUCAGUCCAGUCAACGGUUUAAAUUUGGGAGCAAUUUGUUGAAGUGUAACCCAAACCAAUCAGUAACUGUUUAUGAGUUCUUUGUGGGCUGGAAGAGUCAAUAGCAUUUCCAUUCAGUGUUGUUUUUCCCAUCCAUCCAAAGAUGCACUUUAUGGUUUCUUCUAUAGAUCAGCAUUGGCUAAAUAUCUAAUAAACAAGCUUAGUAAAAGUGUUUGAUUCAAAUUCAAACUUGACUUAUUUUUUAUUUGAGUAUGAUUUAAAUUUUGUUUCAUAUUUAUUCUCAUUAUUAUCCACCCAAGAUCUUCCUCAGUCUUUUGGUUAAUUUUGUAUUUAAAAAAAAAAAAAAAAAGAAGAAGAAAAAA